AUAUGGAGCAUGAAACAAGAUGUCUGCUUGUAUGAUUUCAGAGAACAUCGCAAAGAGAUAUAUACCAUCAAAUGGAGUCCAACUGGCGCUGGUACAAGCAAUCCGAAUAAUCAGUUGUUGCUGGCAAGUGCUUCAUUUGACUCUACCGUGAAGCUAUGGGAUGUUGAACUGGGACAUCUUCUUCACAGCUUGAACGGUCACAGGGAACCUGUCUAUUCUAUUGCAUUUUGCCCGAACGGUGAGUACUUGGCAAGUGGCUCAUUGGAUAAAUGCAUGAAUAUAUGGUCAGUUAAGGAGGCCAAGAUUGUAAAAACUUUCAAUGGUGAUGGCUGCAUUUUUGAAGUGUGUUCAAACAAGGAAGGCAACAAGGUUGCAGCUUGUUUCGCAAACAAGAAGGUCUGUGUGUAUGAUAUGUGA